AUGGAAUAUUCGUACCUUUUGAGAUUGGCUGCGGAACAAUUGGAUCCCGUAGAUCGGAUGAAAUAUAUUGCAGCUUUUGCUGUAUCAGCAACAGCUUGUAAUUGGGAUCGUUUGGGAAAGCCCUUUAAUCCCUUAUUGGGUGAAACAUAUGAAAUUGAACGUCCAGAAUUUCGAUGCUUAUGCGAACAAGUGUCACAUCAUCCACCAAUCUCUGCGUUUCACGCUGACUCGCCACACUUUACAUUCCAUGGUUCGAUUUAUCCUAAGUUGAAAUUCUGGGGAAAAUCUGUUGAGAUUCAACCGAAAGGUGUUGUUACAGUUAAAUUACCGAAAUGGGAUGAAACGUAUACGUGGACAAAUGUUAACUGCACAAUUCACAACAUCAUUGUUGGAAAGUUAUGGAUCGAACAGUAUGGCACGAUGGAAAUUACAAAUCAUCAAACGGGUCAUAAAGCGAUAUUACAAUUUAAACCUGGUGGUUCCAUUCAUAAGGAUUUACAUCGUGUUGAAGGCACAAUACAAGACAAAGAUAAGCAGAAGCUUCAAUUUCUCUACGGUCGUUGGACGGAACUACUUAAAAGUACUGAUAUGGAUUCAUACGAAGAAUACCUUAAAGUCAACCCAAACAAGUUCAAACGUCAUGAAGAACGAAGUAAAAGUCCUAUUGAGUCACCAGCUCAUACACCUCGCAAAGUUUUGUCAAAACUUAACAGCUUGAAAAUGUCUUCAUUUAGAAGUUUGUCAAUACAAGAUGAUGCACAUGAUCAUCAUCAUCAUGACCGAUCACCUGAACCCGAUGGUGAUGUUCCUCGAUCACAAUCGAUUUACUCAAUCGACAUUCCAAACUCGAUUCUACUUUGGGAAGUUGAAGCGAGACCACAAAACAGUUCCAACUACUUUUCAUUCACAAACUUUGCCAUGUCUUUGAAUGAGAUUGAAUCUUACAUGAAACCCCCACAAACGCUUUGUCCAACAGAUUCACGUUUAAGACCAGAUAUAAGAAAAUUGGAAGAGGGAAAUGUCGAUGGUGCGAUCUCAGAGAAGACACGAUUGGAAGAGAAGCAACGUGAUGCUAGAAAGGCACGAAAAGCGAAGAAAGGUGGCGAAGAUUGGCAGCCUAGCGGACAAAAAACUGGUUCCGUGCACGUGAAAAAAUCCGUGAAAUUCCGUGGAUUCAUACACUCUCCACCUGAAACUAACUUACUGAUGCGCAGUAUUUUUAUUUAUAAAACACAAAGAAAUUCAAGAAUCAAAUCAGAAGGAAAAAUAUAUUUCUCUGAUAUGACAGACAAUAAGAAUGAUUCUAAUAGCUUAGAUGCUGAAUCAGAAAUCAAUGAUGAUUCAGACUCUUCUAAUUCACAUUUUAUUCAGAAACCAGAAUUGCUUGCUAUUGCUACGAAUGAGUCCUAUUAUGGCUUAGAACUUCAGGAUGCUGAAAAAGUAUAUCAUGGCGUUAUAAAGGAAUCAACAAAAGCUAAAAGAAAACGCAACAGAAGAAGUAAAAAGAGAACGUUUACUGAAGACAAACUUCAUGAGACUCUGAAGAAAAUCAAUGAAAAACUUAAUAAUCUUACACUUCAAAAUGAAAAGUCUUUGUCUUCACUUGUUUCUAUUUCAAAAAAGAAAGAGAAGAAGGAAAAGGCAAAAAUGUUUGGAGAAGCUUCAGGAUCGGGAAUUGAAAACUCAACAAGUCCUCUAUUAUCAAGACUUAAACAACUCCAAACAGGAAAGAUAUCAAGUGCACAACUUCAGAAAUCUAAAUUUCAGCAAAAAGUCAAACAAUCAGACGUGAACAAUGGCCAGAAAGUUAAAUGCAAUAACGAAGAAGAAGUGAAACGCCUCACCACCCAAAUUCAAGAAACAAUCGUACAGCAAAUCAAACCGAAACUAUUAAACAUUAUUAAUGGAGAAAGUAGUCAAGUUACAAACCGUCCUUUGAAUGGUCUCAUCGCUAGAAAGACAGAAGAAGCUUCAAGUUCACAAAUUCUUUCUCCUCCUCGUGUUUUCGAUUGCAUUCCAAAUCCACGUGAAGUGGCUAUCGAGAAAACAACAAUUGUACUUCCAUCUGGUGAAGAGACUGAGGUUUAUCGUUAUUCAAAUGACGAUUUACUUCAACUCAAAUCUAAGGCUACUUGGGAAAAGGUUCCUCGUCUUCUUGAUCUUAAUAUUUGUCGAACGAAGUUAACAGAGCACGAAUCUUUCAUAUUGAGACUUUUAGGAAUCAAUAAUGAUGUUGAUAGACUUACUGCUAUUUUAGAGGAAGCUAAAAAGUUAAAUUUAAUUAAAUUAACAGGUCCAAAUGAAUUUAAAUAUCAGCAAAUCACAAUUAAUCAAAGUUAUAAAGAAACUCCAGAGAAAAGAAAUGAAAUUGAAGACGAACCACUUGAGCUUCUUCAUAAAAUCGAAAACUUUAAAAGGAUUGCUAAAAAUGACAAUGAACUUAAUGAAAUGAUAUUUAAACUUGAGUUUACGCGAUUAUUUAAAGAUUGUUUCAACGAUUUCGAUGUCACAAGUGCAACAUUUAUGGAGAUCGUCGAUCAUCUUCUUAAAACAAAUCAAGCUCACAUCUUGGAAGGAGAAAUUCGUGUAAAUGCCAAGAAUAAUCAAGAAGCUUACAUCACUCAUCCAUCAAAUGAAAAAGACGUUUGUGUGAAUAGUUUAAUAUUAAGAAAGCAUGCUUUUCAUGGUGAUUAUGUGAAAGUUUUAGUUAAGAAUGAAUCCGAAGAUAAGAAAGAUUUAAACAGUUCGGCAAAUUUAACUGACGAUGAAUUAGAUUUGACAUUGGCAACGGAAGUUGAUUUGUGCACGAGGAAGUUUGGAUGUGUUUUGGAGAUUUUAGAUAAGCGUCAUAAUCGUCGUGUGAUUGGAUCGUUGUCAUCAAACGUCAAGAAAGAUCGAAGACACGUCAUGUUGAAUGUUCGCGAUCUUAAAGUUCCAAAUAUUCGAAUAAACCGUGAAGGAAUUCCAAAAGACACGAAAUUGACCGAAAAAAUGUUGUUGGUAGCUGAGAUCAUUGGAUGGUGUCAUGAUCAACCUCGAGGAAGAAUUGUUGAGAAAAUUGGUGAGAAAGGAGAAUUGAAAACUGAAAACGAUGCGAUUUUAAUUCAACAUUCAUUGGAUCCGACACCUUUCGAUCAGCAUAUCAUUGAUGAAGUUCCCAGCGAACCUUUCAUGAUUCCUGAAUCUGAAUUCAAAUAUCGACAGGAUUUACGUAGAAAAUGCAUUUUCUCAAUUGAUCCUGAAACUGCGAGAGAUUUGGACGACGCCAUGAGUUGUGAAAUUCUUCCAAAUGGAAAUCUUGAGAUUGGCGUGCACAUCUCUGACGUUUCAUAUUUUCUGAAAGAAAAUUCUGAACUCGAUGAGAUUGUUCUGAAGAAAGCAACGACAAUUUAUCUCGUUGAUCAAGUUUAUCACAUGCUGCCAGUUCCAUUGUGCUUGUUGUGUUCACUUCUUCCAGGAGCUGACAAAAUGGCUUACAGCGUCUUUUGGGAGAUGAAAGAAGCAACAGGCGAGAUUGUCAAUCAAAGAAUUACGAGGUCAGUUGUGAAUUCAUGUGCAAAGUUAAGUUACGAACAAGCACAAAUGGUAAUUGAAAAGAAUGACGAUAAGUGGAGUGAACUUGAAAACAAGUUUCCUGUCAUCUACAAUAAUUACACAGUCACCGAUGUUGCUGAAGUCAUUAAAAAGCUUCAAAAAAUUGCUGUUAUCAUGAGGGAAAACCGGAAGAAAAAUGGAAGUUUGAAAAUUGAUCAGCCGAAAAUUUCAUUUAAAUUUGACCGCGACGAUCAAAGAAUGGAAGCUCCAACUGAUUUUUUUAAAUAUCCUAUAAAAGAUAGCAAUCGAUUGAUUGAAGAGUUCAUGUUGCUUGCAAAUAUUACGGUAGCGAAGUUUAUUUUUGAGAAAUUUCCAGAUGUCUCUUUAUUGCGAUGCCAUGAAACGCCUAAAGAAAAUAAUCUGAAGAAGCUCGUAAAGAAUCUUCAAAAGCAUGGAAUUCAACUUGACAUAAGUUCAUCAGGUGGAUUGUCGCAGUCUAUGGAAAAUAUUAUCGCAAACGCUCAAUCAAGUGAAGGAAUGAGCGCAGUUUUAAAUCUUUUAGUUUCAAAAACAAUGACAAGGGCUCGUUACUUUUGCAGUGAAUCUUCUGAGAAUGAAAGCAAUUUUUGGCAUUAUGCGCUUUCAAUUCCAAUCUAUACUCACUUCACAAGUCCCAUUCGUCGAUAUGCUGAUGUUUUAGUGCACAGAGUUUUAAAUGGUGCUCUUGAUUAUGAAGAUCCACCAUCACGAACACCUGAAGAAGUUGACCAACUUGCCAACAUUUGUAAUGCACAAAAAUAUUCAGCGAAACUUGCCGGCGACGACAGCUCCAACUUGUACUUCAUGCACUUCAUUAAAUCGCUUAAAAGCCAAAUAAUGAAGGCUGGCGUUGUUGGGAUUUACGAUUACAACUUUGAAGUUGUUCUUAUUGAGACUGGACAUGUCUUGAAAGUUUAUUACAAAAACAUCGAAAAAAAUCAAACGAAUGGACAAAUGGUCGUGAAAACCUUCAACGAUAACGUUCCACCUUAUGCUACUUUAACUUGGCUUCAACCAGGCUUUCCAACUUCAACAAUAAAGUUUGGAAGUGAAAUUAUGUUAGAGAUUGAGACGGUUAAAGAUAAGCUGGUCGCCAAUCGGAUUCUCUACAUUGAUAGUACUCACUGAAAAUAACUUUUUUGGUUGUAAUCUUUAAGUAUUUACAGGAUUUAAUUAAAUUAACUGUGACCGAAGACCAAUUGAAAAAGAAAUAAAUUUUGUACGAAAAAGAUUUCAAUAAAAAAUGAAAUUUUUAUGGGAAAAGUCGACGAACUUUGACACAUUAUUGAGGAUUUUCACAGAUAAUUCGAAAUAUUUCACUUCCUUUUGUCACACCCACGGAAUACUUUCAUGAAACAAGCCUUUCAAGUCAUUGUACUGAAUGUUUAUUUAGA